AUGGAUGCUUCUUUGGCUACAGGGACAAGGGAAGCUGCAUUUGUGUAUGCGAUCUCGUCUUCUGGAGUCGCCUUUGCUGUCACCCGUGCGUGCAGCAGUGGAGAGCUGGAAAAGUGUGGCUGUGAUCGCACUGUACAUGGCGUGAGCCCAGAGGGUUUCCAGUGGUCGGGCUGCUCUGACAACAUUGCUUAUGGCGUGGCUUUCUCCCAGUCGUUUGUGGAUAUAAGGGAAAGAAGCAAAGGUGCCUCAUCAAGCCGGGCAUUGAUGAACCUGCACAACAACGAGGCAGGAAGGAAGGCCAUCCUGAACAACAUGAGGGUGGAAUGUAAGUGCCACGGAGUGUCUGGGUCCUGUGAAGUGAAGACCUGCUGGAGAGCUAUGCCUCCCUUUAGGAAAGUAGGCAACGUAUUAAAGGAGAAAUUCGAUGGAGCCACUGAGGUGGAACAGAGGAAGGUUGGUUCCACCAAAGUCUUGGUGCCCAAAAACUCCCAGUUCAAGCCCCACACUGAUGAAGAUCUGGUCUACCUGGACUCCAGCCCAGAUUUCUGCGACCACGACAUGAAGAGUGGGGUUCUGGGGACCGCUGGCCGUCAGUGCAACAAGACUUCUAAGGCCAUUGAUGGCUGUGAGCUCAUGUGCUGUGGCCGUGGCUUCCACACCCAGGAGGUGGAAAUUGUGGAGAGAUGCAGCUGUAAAUUUCAUUGGUGCUGUUUCGUCAAGUGCAGGCAGUGCCGCAAAGUGGUGGAGAUGCACACGUGUCGGUGAUGGGGGAACUGCCCCUGACUGAUCUGGUCAAAAGAUAACACCAGGACAGACUCCUGUCACCGUCGGUGGGUGGAGGGGGGAGGGGGGGAACUUGAACACUCCAGAGAU